GGACUUCUUGACCUAAUAAACGCGUCGCGUCAGUCACCAUCCCCAACGCUCUCUUUGCUCAUUCACAUUAGCUAGAGCGAUCCCUGACUUUCUUGAUCAUCAAGCGAACGAGCCAGCACUGCCAUCGAAUUUAUGACGAACGACGCCACAAGGGCACUCCGCCACGGCGGCAAGGGAGGAGGGGGUGGAAAGGUGUUCGGACCUGGCCAGUUAGUUCGCCACAAGCCGAAGAGGAGAAGAACUAGGCGCGAAACCUACAACGUUCAUAUCUACCGAGUCCUCAAACAAGUUCAUCCCAACUCCGGUAUUACGAACCGUGCGAUGGCGAUCAUGAAUUCGUUUGUCAACGAUGUGUUCGAUAGGCUGGCCAAUGAGGCUUCCAGGCUGGCUAUUCUUUCAAAGAGAUCGACCAUUUCUCAUCGUGAAAUUCAAACAAGUGCCAAGCUUCUCCUGCCGGGUGAACUGGGGCGACAUGCGCUUUCUGAAGCAAAUAAGAGUGUUACACGUAAGUCGCUUUCGUCCUCCGUAAGAGAAACAUUUUGA